AUGCUUUCUUUUACAGUUCAUGGUGAAAUGACAGAAGAUCUCGAGGCUAUUAUCCUCACAGCCGGAUCCGCAUACUCUGAAGGCCGAUUUAACGAAGCUCUCGAAUGCUAUGAACAAGCUAUCGCUGCAAGACCUCACAACGCGAUUCUAUUUGCAAAUUACGCUGCGAUUCUGCUGCGACUGGAUCGCGUCGAUGAAGCGCUCAAGAACGCAGACCAUGCGAUUGAAUUGGACCCAAAGUGGGCGAAGGCUUACUACCGCCGUGGCGAAGCACUACGACGUUUGAAUGCUCUCCUACCAGCUGUAGUAUCGCUAAGUGAAGGAGUUGCUCUCGAUCCGUCAAAUAAACUCAUCGCAGAGAUGCAUAUCGAUGUUUCGCAGCAGCUCUUCAAACACUUUCCCCUUGAACGCUUGCAGAGCAUGGGACUGGAUCAUGAUCGCUUCACAGUGCUUACCAUCACUGGUCAAGAACUGGCUUCUGCUGGUUAUCAUCGCGGUGAGUAAUC